AUGCUCUCACCCUCAUUCCCCUCCGCGUCCCCUUCUUCCAACGACAAUGCUCGUCGUAAGACUCGACGUCGGCCCCAUACCGAGUUGAACAUUAACACAAACACUUCCUCACUUGCCUCUCCGUCGCCUAGGGAAAGGGACUCCAUUCCUCUACCACGCACGCCUCCGCCAAAAGACUCAGAAUACUGUAGAUCCAAGUCAAAGUCAAGACACCAGAAUACCAACAACCGGGAGCCUUCCAGGCCACCCAUCUCCAACCUUUACGCGCAUGAGUCGUUUCUAGAGAACCCUACUCCUGUCGAGGACGACAUGGACCGCCGCCUGCCUCCUUCAAACAACCGCGAUUCCCACGACCUGUCGCUCUCUCCACGAAACGUCACCCGAGACUCCCUUGUUGCUAAUAUGCUCCUGUCCCUUGACCAGUUUUCUAUGGCACAGUUGAGCGACAAGUACGGUCCAUCCACAUCUACACCCGGAUCACGUUCACAUACCUUCGACGAGACCUCGUCCCAGUCUAUCGCAGCCGAGCAAACCAGAAGCUGGGUGGCUUCCAAUUCUGUCGCAGCCCCAUCCCGACCCAACGGGCACCAAUACUCUUACAGCUCAGACCUGGAGGGCGCGGACGAUUCCAGUCGCAUAUCUAGUCGCGGCCGACGAAGCAACAGCAGCUCCAAUUUCCAGUCCAGCUUCCCACGUCUAAAUAGUGUUCGAGAAGGCCACAGAGCAGGCUCGUCUAGAGCCAUGCAUUCAAGAGGGGGCAAGCCGGGCAGCAGAAACAGCAGUGUAGCUAGUGUCGACGCUGGUUAUGCUCAGGUGUUAGGGAGUCAACGUUACGGACGUGGGUUUGCGCGAUCUGCGAGCUUUGACUACGGGCCACAACAGCAAUCCUCCCCAGCGCCGGCCCCGGUUAUCGAACCAUCGUCGUUUCGAGUCGACUUCCCGAAUAGUUACAUCGACGACGAGUACGAUGCGGCCCCAACCCCCAACGUCCCGGGCGGCCCACGGCGGCAACCGUCGAUCCCCACGAUGUCCAAAGCCGCAUCGAUGCCACCGCCGAUACCACCCGCACCUCUCGAACCCCCUACCCUUGACCACAAACGAAGCAGUCGCUCUCUGAAGAGCUCAUCCGGACGCAAAGCUGCUGCUUCGCGGGAACCGACACCCGCUGUACCAGCAUUGGACCUCGAUUCGGCGCCUGCACCCAAUGUCGGCUAUGGUAAAUCGAAGGAGGCCGUGCACAGCGGCCCAACUACAUCACAUGCAGCUGCACCCGUCAAAGAGCGUCCGGGGUUUUUCAGGAGGGUCUUUGGCUCCUCACGUAACAACUCACAAAACACCAGCGAAUCAGCAAAUACCCCAGCACCCCAACUGAACUCUGCUGCAGACAACAAGGUGGCUGGUAAUGCCUCGACGCCACCAUCCAGAGAUACGUCUUCAUCACAUUCUCAUCAUCCCGCCUUACAAAAGAAGCCUUCUUCCUUCUUCCGAAGGCGUAAGAAGUCUGUCACUGAAGAAACUCCUCCCAUUCCAGCAAUGCCUAUGGCUCCUGUACCUACUACAGCUGUACCUAGUCUAGCACCCCAGGAACGAGAUUCAAGCUUACCUCAACACCCGAGUCCUGCCAGCAGUUUACGCAAGGUCAUGAACCCGUAUAUUCGAACUGGUCAGGGCGCCCCAGGGACUUCUGCUUCUCAAGGGCCAUCACCACUCGCCGAUAUUUCCAAUAUGACACCGGAGCGAAACGUGGAUCAAGAAGAGUACAAGAGGGGAUUUUCCCCUGACUAUUCGCCCAGUCCCAACGCAAGGAUCACCACAGUCAGAUCUGAGUCUAAUGAGCAACUUUCGAAGCGAAAUCACAUAGAUGGCACGCCUUCUCGCCUUCCACCAGAGAGACCUACUAAGACCAUGGAAUCACGAAACAACUCUUUCCUCAAUCUAGAUGGACUUAGUGACAACGAAGACGAGAAUGGAAUGUUCGGGUUCAACCUUGCCAGCAUGUCAAACGCCAAAUCUCAGCAGUCGGAAAACAGGGACAAGUCUGGCAGGGGCCAUUCCAGAGAUCCUCACAGACUGGAACAGUCUGAUUCGGAAGACGAAUUGGACCACGCCAACCUGGCACUGCCCAUUGAAGGAGCUCGCGCCUCAAGUCCGGGAUCGGCUUCAACUGGGACAGAUUAUAAGUCUGCUCUCAGUGCUGCUCCCAGUGUGAGAAUUGAAAGCUCGGCAGAUCCCAGUCCCAAGGUUCUAGGUACCUUUGAUUCGAUCAAGAACAAGGGUAUUGAUGAGCCUGAGUUUGUCAUUGGUGAUCCGACUGAAGAUGACCGCCAGAAAGCACAGAAGAUCUACGACGGCAACGAGGACUUCAUCCAGAAAGGAAAAGCUGCUUCAUUUAUGGGCGAAGAGGGCCCGAUUCGACAACGCACACUGCAAGCUUAUAUGGAGUUAUAUAACUUUACCAAUCAGAGCAUUGUUCAGGCCUUGCGACAAGUCUGUGGACGAUUGGUUUUCCGAGCAGAAACCCAGCAAGUUGAUCGCAUUUUGGUGGCCUUUUCCAAGAGAUGGUGUGAUUGCAACCCCAACCAUGGGUUCAAAGCAACAGAUGUCAUCCACACGAUUUGCUACUCGAUUAUGUUACUCAAUACCGAUCUUCACAUGGCCGAUAUUGAGCACAAGAUGACUCGCAGCCAAUUCAUCAAGAACACCAUGGGGACCAUCUUGCAGGCCGUUGACGAAGCAGCACCUGAUGCUUUCCAGCGGGCGAGUAUCCUUCCAGACAAGAAUGGCUUUCCAAACGGCGAGAACCAGCAACCCUCCGAACAGGACAAGAGGUCUUUUAGGAAUUCUUUCAGGCCACCAGCCCGUGCCGACUCUGGUACUCUGCCUGGGGAGGGUAUUGAAGACUGUGGCCCCUUGGUCAAGUCACACUUCAGCGGAACCAGAAAGGCUUGGGAGGAACAGAUAGAGACUGUUCUCAAGGGUAUCUACAACUCUAUCAAAGACGAGCGGCUGCCAUUGUUCGGUGCUGAAUCUGAAAAGAACGCCAGCUUGCAGCCUUCCAAUAGCGGUGGUCUCUCUGUGAUGGGCAUGCUCAAGAGAUCUCCGAGUGUCCUUAGCAAGGCUCCCUCGGAAAGCCAGCUGUCUGUUCGUGGUCGCAUCAGCGACAAUGGUAAGGCCAACUCGGCCAGAUGGACAUCCAAGAGUCGAUCCCGCGCCGGCAUGAGUCGUACCGGCUUUUCUUCUAGUCGUACAAGUUUCGAUGAUGGGAACUCAUUGUGGAGUCCCACGGCCUCAUCAGCUACUUGGAGCCGUCACUCUUUGGGCAGAACCCAAACAUCCGUCUCUCAGGAUUCCUUUGGUUCUGCCCUUCGUGGCGACUACCAGCAAUCAAUUGGCUUUGCCAACGCGUUGAGUCAAGCCAUUAUCCGGGACGAAGAAGUUUACGGAGACGGUGCCCCAUCCAUCAUGAGCUCAGACAUUCCGGCAACGCAGCUCCUCGAAGACGAAUCGCUCGAACUCGCUGGACCUCCGUGGGUCAAGGAAGGAAUGGUUACCCACAAGCAUCAUCUGGAUGGCGUAGACAAGAAGGCCAAGGCCAGGAACUGGUCCGAGGUCUUUGCUGUUAUUCAGAAGGGGCAGUUGAAUCUGUUUUCUUUCCAGCCGAACAAAUCUGUCCGUGCGAAGAACCGCGACAGAAACAAUCGUGGCGGACCCGUUCUUGUUGGUGGUGGAAACUGGCAAGAUAACGCAACGAACCUGGGCUCUUAUAACCUUCGACAGACUCUCGCAUCCGCCCUUCCGCCACCUGGCUACUCGAGGGCUCGACCACAUGUUUGGGCUCUGAGCCUGCCCAACGGCGCCGUUCACUUAUUCCAAGUGGGCACGCCUGAGAUUUGCAAGGAAUUUGUUACUACUGCGAACUAUUGGAGCGCGCGAUUAAGUACCCAUCCGUUGACUGGUGGUAUAAGUAACAUUGAAUAUGGAUGGAGCGAGGCCAUCGUCAACAACGCCUUGGUAUCGAUCAUCAAUGAGACGGCCCCAGGCAAGACCUCCCGUCCCGGAAGCAGCGCAGCACAACACCACCACCGAAGAUCGAGCGCCAACAGUGGAAGCUUCCGAGGAUCAAGCUUUGAUCAAGUCGCGGGUGCUUUUACCAACAACAGCGGACGUGGCAAACUGCCAGGCGAUCGCAUUCACAUUGCAGAAUGGGCGCCUCCGACCCAGAGCAUGCGUCCCAGCAACCAGCCAGAGGCCGCGCAACUUCAGACCUUGGAUGCAUACGUCAAGGGGAUUGAGGCAGAACUCCAAACACACAACCGACUUCGCAGUCCCAUGCUCUUGGCGUUCACGCCUAGAGGCAGCAACGCCGUCAAGGCCAUGGCCAACUGGGAGCGCAAGAGCGCAUAUCUACUCCGCGAGAUUGUCAAGUUCACAACUUACGUCGAUUGCCUUCAACAAGCCGAGACAAGGAAGCAAGAAAUUUACCACGAGAGAGACCUGGCGCAACGAGCCGCGCGAGGCGAACUCAGCGAUGGCGACAUGGACGUCAGUGGAGACGAAGGAGAUGUAACACUGAGACCCUAA